CUGGGCAGCGUGGUGCCCUUGGUUCCCCAGCAUGGCCUCCUCACUCUGGGCCAUCUACUGCAUCCUGGGGGCUCUCCUGCUCCUCGGGGGCAGCCCCAGCCCCAGCCCCGGCCCCAGCGUGCCUCGCCUGCGGCUCUCCUACCGAGAUCUCCUGUCUACCAACCGUUCUGCUAUCUUUCUGGGUCCCCGGGGCUCCCUGGACCUUCGGGCCAUGUACCUGGAUGAGUACCGGGACCGCCUUUUUCUGGGGGGCCGUGAUGCCAUCUACUCUCUGCGGCUGGAUCAGUCAUGGCCAGAUCCCCGGGAGGUUCUGUGGCCACCGCAGCCAGGACAGAAGGAGGAGUGUGUUCGCAAGGGAAGAGAUCCUUUGGUGGAGUGUGCCAACUUUGUGCGCGUGCUGCAGCCUCACAACCGGACUCACCUGCUGGCGUGUGGUACUGGGGCCUUCCAGCCCACCUGUGCCCUCAUCACAGUCGGCCACCGUGGGGAGCAUGUGCUCCACCUGGAGCCCAGCAGUGUGCAAAGUGGGCGGGGGCGGUGCCCACAUGAGCCCAGCAGUCCUUUCGCCAGCACCUUUGUAGGUGGGGAGCUGUACACGGGCCUCACGGCUGACUUCCUGGGGCGCGAGGCCAUGAUCUUCCGGACUGGGGGUCCCCGACCAGCCUUGCGUUCUGACUCUGACCAGAACCUCCUGCAUGACCCCCGUUUUGUGAUGGCCACUCGGAUUGCUGACAACUCUGAUCAGGAUGAUGACAAGGUGUACUUCUUCUUCUCGGAAACUGUGCCCUCGCCGGAUGGUGGCCCAGGCUGUGUCACUGUCAGUCGUGUGGGCCGUGUCUGCGUGAAUGACGCUGGUGGCCAGCGAGUGCUGGUGAACAAAUGGAGCACCUUUCUCAAGGCCAGGCUGGUGUGCUCGGUGCCUGGCCCUGGUGGUGCCGAGACCCACUUUGACCAGCUGGAGGAUGUGUUCCUGCUGUGGCCCAGCGCAGGGAGGACCCUUGAGGUGUACACCCUGUUUAGCACAGUCAGUGCCGUGUUCCAGGGCUUUGCCGUCUGCGUGUACCACAUGGAGGAUAUCUGGGAGGUCUUCAAGGGGCCCUUUGCCCACCAAGAUGGUCCCCAGCACCAGUGGGGACCCUAUGGGGGCAAAGUGCCCUUCCCUCGCCCUGGAGUAUGCCCCAGCAAGAUGACAGCGCAGCCAGGAAGACCCUUUGGCAGCACCAAGAACUACCCAGAUGAGGUGCUGCAGUUUGCCCGAGCCCACCCACUUAUGUUCCGGCCCGUGCGGCCACGGCGGGGUCGCCCGGUCCUGGUCAAAACUCACCUGGCCCAGCAGUUGCGCCAGAUUGUGGUAGACCGUGUGGAGGCAGAGGACGGGACCUAUGACGUCAUCUUCCUGGGGACUGACUCAGGCUCCGUGCUCAAGGUCAUCGCCCUCCAGGGUGGGGCCUCCACUGAGUCCGAGGAGGUGGUUUUGGAGGAGCUCCAAGUGUUUAAGGUGCCAACACCCAUCACUGAGAUGGAGAUCUCUGUCAAAAGGCAAAUGCUGUACGUGGGUUCAAGGCUGGGAGUGGCCCAGCUGCAGCUGCACCAGUGUGAAACCUACGGCAGUGCCUGUGCCGAGUGCUGUCUGGCCCGAGACCCAUACUGUGCCUGGGACGGUGUCUCCUGCACCCGCUACCGGCCUGGCACCAGCAAGCGCCGGUUCCGCAGGCAGGACAUUCGGCAUGGCAACCCUGCCCUGCAGUGCCUGGGGGAGAGCCAGGAAGAGGAGGCUACAGGCUCUGUGGCGGCCGCCACGGUCUACGGCACGGAACACAACAGCACCUUCCUGGAGUGCCUGCCCAAGUCUUCCCAGGCUGCUGUGCACUGGGUCUUGCAGAGGCCAGGGGGCGAGGGGCCUGACCAGGUAAAGACAGACGAGAGAGUUGUGCAGACAGAGCAAGGGCUGCUGUUCCGCAGACUCAGCCACCUGGAUGCGGGCAUCUACACCUGCAAGACACUGGAGCACGGCUUCUCCCAGACUGUGGUCCGCCUGGCUCUGGAGGUGAUUGCGGCCACGCAGCUCAACAGCCUGUUUCCUCGGGAGCCAAGACCAGAGGAGCCCCCAGCCUGGGGAGGCCUGACCUCCGCCCCCUCGAAGGCCUGGUAUAAGGACAUCCUACAGCUCAUCGGCUUCACCAACCUACCCCGGGUGGACGAGUACUGUGAGCGCAUGUGGUGCCCCUCCAGGAGCCGGGGCAAACAGGCCAAGGGCAAGAGCUGGGCAGGGCUGGAUCUGGGGAAGAAGGUGAAGAGCCGGGUGCAGGCCGAGCGCAAUCGGACGCCCCGGGAGGUGGAGGCCACAUAGAAGAGGAUGGAGGAGAGGGGGGUCGGGAUGGACCCAGUGGCCCAGAAGCCCCCAGAGUCUCCCACCCACCCAGCUAGGGCUGAGGGGGGAGCCAACAUGCCUGACUGCCUCUUAAAGAUGGGAGUCUCUGCCCCUGUACUUCUACCAGGCUGCCCGCUGGAAAGGCUGGGGCCUGGUGAAGAGCCCUGUGUCCAAGGCCUGUUCUUGCCCCUCUGUGCUCCCGGCCCUAGGCUGGAGCCAGCACCCUCUGUCUGCUGCCAACCCCAGGGGGCCUGUUGUUUGUUUUCAGACAUGGCCCCCAGAGCACAUUUCCGGUUGUGCCCGGAGGUGAGAGGCCUGGGUGGUUCUUUCCCAGCCGACAGAACAAUGGCCAUUCUGAGUGACCCUUGGAGUGGGCGUGUGGGUGCGUCUGAGGAGGUGUCUGGGCAAGGGGCCCUUAGGCAGCCGGAGGAGGAUGGAAGUUGCCUCUAAGCUAGCAACCAUUAAGAGGACCUACUCUGAGUCAGGGCAGAGAAGAGGAGGUGCAGAGAAGGUGGACCAGCAAUCCCCUCCCCCCACUUAGGGUGGCUCCCUGCCACUGCCCACCAUUUCUCCUCCAUGACAGAGUCAUAGAAGCAUUGACAGUCAGAGCUCCCUGGGUCCCUGUGUGUGGUCCGGGUCUCGGGCACUACUUUAUAAACCAAGCAGUGUCUCUACAGCCUGACUUCUCUUCCCCAGACCCCAAGCUGCCAGGCCAGAUUUCCUGGGAUGCCCAGACCUCUGACCGGAGUCCCUCUCUCCACCAUCGGGGGCUCCAAGCUGAUGAAGGGAGAGGUUGGGCUCUAGGGGAAUGUCAUCUGCCAUCUCUGUGGACUAGGGAUGGGGAGAGGGGAGCUGGGGAGGUACAGGGCAGGAGGAGGGGGCUGUCUCUCACAGGGCACUACAAGCAUGCUCACAGCUGGGGAGGGCGGGAAUGUGGCCGCUCCCUGAGCAAGCUACAGCUGGUGGGCAGGCGCAGGCCCAGGGCUUUGCCAGGGGCCGCAGAGGAUUGAGAGACUUCUGAGGUGGAGAGAGGGUGAGAGACCCUAGGAUGGGCUAUGGAACCCAAGAGAGGCAUUCUCAAGAACCCAGUAUAGCAUCCAUUAGCUCCGGAGCCACAGGGGAAAACAGAUGUUUCUACCCUGGGAUCUUUGGUUUCUGCUAAAUAAUGGUUGGUUAUAAAUGGUUUCAUUUAUGAAGGCUUUUCUCUUUUGAGGGAAGAAAAUGGAGGGGAAAAAAGCUGCUAAAUCCUGCUGGUUCUUGGAGGUGAGGCUCAGGUGGCCAGGAUGCAUUUUGUCUGGAUGUGUA